GCAACAGCAGUGACAGCGGACACACACCGGACCGGGAAGGAAGACGGAGUUCAGACACAAGCUGAUUAUUAGCGCACUCAUCAGCAGACGCGCGUUGUGUCUGAACCUUAAACUGAAACAAACGAUGUCGAACGAGGGAAUAGAAGGAACAGAGCGCUUCCUGAGCCCUGGGAGAGGUCAAGGCCUGCGGGCGGUGAGGCACUUUGCGGUCGGGGAGUUGGUGUUCUCCUGUCCUGCCUACACCUACGUGUUGACAGUGAAUGAGAGGGGAGCGCACUGUGAGCACUGCUUCACCAGGAAAGAAGACCUGUUCAAGUGUGGUAAAUGUAAGCAGGCCCACUACUGCAAUGUUGACUGUCAGAGAGGUGACUGGCCCAUGCAUAAACUGGAGUGUGUAGCCAUGUGUUCCUAUGGGGAGAACUGGUGCCCAUCAGAAACUGUCCGACUGGUGGCCAGAAUCAUCACCAAGCAGAGAGUAACAACGGAGCGUACCCCUUCUGAAAGGCUGCUGCUGUUUAAGGAGUUUGAAUCUCAUCUGGAUAAGAUGGACGAUGAGAAGCAGGAGAUGAACCAGGUUGACAUAUUGUCUCUGCAUCAUUUUUACUCCAAACACAUCAACGACCUUCCUGGUGACCAGGCUCUCACCGAGCUCUUUGCACAGGUAAAUUGUAAUGGCUUUACCAUAGAGGACGAGGAGCUUUCCCAUCUAGGAUCCGCAGUUUUUCCAGAUGUAGCACUGAUGAACCACAGCUGUAGUCCAAAUGUUAUCGUUACCUAUAAAGGCACAGCGGCCGAGGUCCGAGCUGUUAAAGAGAUAGAUCCAGGUGAAGAGAUCUUUAACAGCUACAUAGACCUGCUCUACCCCACCGAGGACAGGAGAGAGAGGCUGUUGGAUUCCUACUUCUUCUUAUGCGAGUGUACCGAGUGCAGCACCAAGUCUAAGGACAAUGCAAAAAUGGAGACAAAGAAGCUGAGCUCUCCGCCAGAACCAAAAGAGAUCCAAUCUAUGGUCAGCUAUGCCAAGAAUGUCAUUGAAGAGUUCAGGAGAGCCAAACACUACAAAACUCCCAGUGAGCUGCUGGAAAUGUGUGAGCUCAGUCUGGAGAAGAUGGGAGCUAUUUUUGCAGACACCAAUGUCUACAUGCUUCACAUGAUGUAUCAAGCCAUGGGCGUCUGCCUCUACAUGCAGGACUGGGACAGCGCCAUGAGCUAUGGGGAGAAGAUCAUCCAGCCGUACAGCGUUCACUAUCCUGCCUACUCCCUGAAUGUAGCCUCCAUUUAUCUGAAACUAGGACGUCUGUAUUUGGGACUGGAGAAGAAGACACAAGGUGUUAAAGCACUAAAGAAGGCCUUGUCCAUCAUGGAGGUAGCUCACGGAAAAGACCACCAUUAUGUAGCAGAGGUCAAACGGGAAAUCACGGAGCAGAAGUAACAACUAACAGUUGCAGGAGGAAAACCAUUUAACUGGAGUUCUGGAUUGUGUAUCACCAGUAUCACCAGUGCAUGGCAUGCAUCUUAUACCUCCUUUUUUCUUAUUUUCCUGCCUGACUAGACGUGUUUUUCUGAGGAUGACCACAUUUUAUCAUCUACAACUGAGGUCUUCUAGUCAGAGUUAACCUACAGGGUUCGCCUCACUUGAAUUUUACUCCAUUUGAGGUUCAUACAAGUGUAAAAGGACUCAUGAUGCUGCCUUUGAAUCUGCCUUUUAAAUAAGAAAAGCUUUCACUUGAUAGCUCUAUUUUUUUAAAGUCAAAUGUUUUUUUUUUCUGGUGAGCCUGAUCUUGUUCACCAUGUCUUGUGGAUCCACUGAGAGACUUACUUCACCGUCAUGUUUGUUAUCGACAGCUUUUCAUGCUGCAGUGUUGCUCCAGAGCCAACAAUUUGAAAAUCCAACACAAACUGGUCAGUACUUGUUUCUGAAGGCAUUACCACUUUGUCCCAGCAUGUGAUUUACUUCCUGUCACAUAUUUGACAACAAAGUAGUAUUUGGUCUUAUUUAUUCUCAGUGAAACUGUGAAAUAAGGGACUUCCGACACUCUGUAGCUGCAGAAUGAAUGCAAAAAGACUUGUCUUACCGUCUGUUUUGCUUUAUUAUUAUUUUUUUUAAGUGUUGCAUGUUUGGCUGAUUAUUAUGCAUUUGUGUACAUUUUUAUACUUUAUUUAUAUAUGGAUAAUUGACCAGGUCUCUGUUCCAAAUCUCAGCUGUGCAGGACUUUGCAUGUUCUCUUUUUGCAUGUUUUUCUCCUCAGCCUCCAAAGACACGCAUGUUUGGUUUAUUACAGAGUCUAAGCUGACGUUGGGAGUAUUUUGGUGCUUGCAUGGUUGAUCUUCAUCUGUACGUGCUGAACGGGGCGCUGAUCUCAGACCAGUCUAGUGCUAAAAUAACAAUGAAACUACAACCGUUUCUAGAUCCUUACGAAAUCCUUUUUUUUCUGAGUUAUUUUUUCCUCACAAAUGUAAUUUUCUUUUUUAAAUUUUUAGUAUUCCUUGUGUUAUUAUAUAAGAUGUUUAUACUGGCAAAAAGGCAGUAACACAACACUGUAGCUUUUAUCAGAUGAUGCUGCAAAAUUGUUUAUUUUAUUGUAGUAGGCCAUUUAAACAUGGAUGUUUAUCAUCCUUAGGAUGAAGUCGUCAUUACAACCAUGAGUAUGAUAUAAUGUGCUUCAUGAGGAUUUUCAUUGUACUAAUAGGGAUGGUGUUUGCUGUCAGCAAGAAUAAAUAAAUUAUAAGAAAAAAGGGACUUGCAUGAUAAAUUUAAAUCAUGGGGUUAAUAUUUAUUCCCCAACAGGUCAUACUCUUAGGUCAGUUAAGUGGCCUGACUGGAUGAUGAUACAGCUAGACUGAUGUUUAUCAUUAUUUAUGGUGUUAAGUGAUUUCUUCUCUCUCCAAAGUCAAGAACAAGUUAUAAAAGUGGUUCAUGUGUAGCUGUAAGUCUAUCACUCAAAAUCUACUGACUAACUGGUCUUAAUAUGUUGUUGCUGUUUUAAAUUGUAGGUUAAAUGUUAAAACAUUAAAUGUGCAAUGGAAGCUUUAAAAUAAUGCAAAUAUCACCUGGGCCUUAUUUAAGGGUUCUUGUUGCACUCAUGUUGUACACCUGAUGUGACAAAAUGUCAAACAGUAACUCAAACUUUUUUUUUUUAUUUCAACAGUCAUUAAAUGAGCUUAUCUGCCAGGGAAACUUUAAAUAACUGUAGCUUUUCUGUCUUGUUUAAAUAUUAGUUGGUUGUAUUUGUAGCAUAGUGACUGUUUUUUGACAGGAGCAUCUAAAAGGUGCAUGAAUUAUGGAUUUAUCAAGGUUACCUGAACACAUUUUGUUUCUUUACAAGUCGGUACAUUUUUUGAAAGAAAAAAAAUUCUAAAAAGGUUAUUCUAUGUCUUAUUUUGACCAAAUGUUAGUACUUUUUUUUUCUUUUCAAAACUGCAUCUUUUAAACAGCACUAAAUAAAACCUUUGAUGGUAUGUAAAACAUUGACAUUACCUGUCCUGUUUGUAAACCAGACUCAGUUUGAUGGUUUAACUGGUUGAAGGUUCAACUACUUGAUAUAUUUUGUUUUAAAUGUAUGAAAUAAAAAAGUAUGAAUGUUAUUCUUUUGGAAUGUUUGAACCUCUUUUCUGUACACAUUCAAUGAAACCCAAUAAAUGACAUGAAACUC